AAAGAAAUUCUGGAAGCCAUGGAGUCUUUCAGAUGCUUUCUAGCCAUAACUUUCCUGUGCUUGGUUUCCGCCGGAAUACGAUCGGAAGAGCAGCGUGAGAAAGAAGUACCAGUGCAAAGCGAGUGCAAUAUAAAUGAAAAAAAUGGCAAAGAACUUUCCAUUGAGACAAUAUUAGAGGUAAUAGAGGGUCAUAUACGUAAGAGUUUUCAAAUACUAUGGGAUACCUAUGAAUUGUGUAAGUGUUUGAAGCUUUAUACUGAAGACAGUACAACGGAAGAGCCCACGAAUGAUGUAUUAGACUAUUACAAGACAGCUUGGCUUACAUUGGAAGCAGGUUAUUUGCAGGCUCAUGCUAUAGGAGGUAAUAAAUCUGGGACAGGAGUGCUAACAAAUACUCAACAAACAGUACAUCCAAAGGUGAUUGAGUUUAAAGCAACAAUGCUGUUUUUCGAGAAACAUGUAUUUUACCUCCUUGGUGAUCUGCGCAACAUUGCCAAUAAACAGAAGAAUGAAAUAGAAGUAAAUGAGAUUGACUCGCUUAGGGCUGAAAGUCACAAGAUGUGUCAGAUGUACGAUGAGUCUAAUAUUUUUAAAUAUCUUGAUGAAGAAAAUAUUGAGGAAGAAUGUAAGGGAUGGAUUGAAGUUCUAGAAAGGAUUGAUGAGAAAAUGAAUGGACUUUCUACCGCAGAGUGUGUGAGCAUAUUGAUGAAAAUAUUUUAUGCAUAUAAGUAUUUGUAUUGUAGAGUGGAAUUUAAUUGUUCAGAACGUGGAUUAGAAGAGUCGUACAAACAUUCUACAAAUUCUAAUGUUCAUCCAACCGAAUAUGAGACAUUAACACCGAAUCCUGAACCACUCGAAGAGCAUACUUCUGGCACGCGGCAAUGAUCUGAGUGGAUGAAAUAAAACCAAGUUAAGUACC